CUCCAUUAUGACAGUGGCUACUGGAGACCCGGCAGAUGAGGCGGCAGCCCUGCCAGGGCACCCUCAGGACACCUACGACCCCGAAGCAGACCACGAGUGUUGUGAGAGAGUAGUGAUCAACAUCUCAGGGCUGCGGUUUGAAACCCAGCUCAAGACCCUUGCUCAGUUCCCCGAGACCCUCCUCGGGGACCCAAAGAAGCGGAUGCGCUACUUUGACCCCCUUCGAAAUGAGUACUUCUUUGACCGGAACCGCCCCAGCUUCGAUGCCAUUUUGUACUACUACCAGUCUGGGGGCCGCCUGCGGCGUCCUGUGAAUGUGCCCUUAGACAUCUUCUCCGAAGAGAUCCGCUUCUACGAGCUGGGCGAGGAGGCCAUGGAGAUGUUUCGGGAAGAUGAGGGCUACAUCAAAGAGGAAGAGCGACCUCUGCCUGAGAACGAGUUUCAAAGACAGGUGUGGCUGCUCUUCGAGUACCCCGAGAGCUCGGGGCCGGCCAGGAUUAUAGCAAUCGUGUCUGUCAUGGUCAUCCUGAUCUCCAUCGUCAGCUUCUGCCUAGAGACACUGCCCAUCUUCCGGGACGAGAAUGAAGACAUGCACAGCAGUGGAGUGACAUUCCACACCUAUUCCAACAGCACCAUGGGGUACCAGCAGUCCACGUCCUUCACCGACCCUUUCUUCAUCGUUGAGACCCUCUGCAUCAUCUGGUUCUCCUUUGAAUUCUUGGUGAGGUUCUUUGCCUGUCCCAGCAAAGCCGGCUUCUUCACCAACAUCAUGAACAUCAUCGACAUCGUAGCCAUCAUCCCCUACUUCAUCACCCUGGGCACCGAGCUGGCUGAGAAGCCAGAAGAUGCCCAGCAGGGCCAGCAGGCCAUGUCCCUGGCCAUCCUCCGUGUCAUCCGCUUGGUAAGAGUCUUUCGGAUUUUCAAGUUGUCCAGACACUCCAAAGGUCUCCAGAUUCUAGGUCAGACCCUCAAAGCUAGCAUGAGAGAGUUGGGCCUCCUGAUCUUCUUCCUCUUCAUCGGGGUCAUCCUGUUCUCUAGUGCUGUCUAUUUCGCAGAGGCCGAUGAGCGAGAUUCCCAGUUCCCCAGCAUCCCGGAUGCCUUCUGGUGGGCAGUCGUCUCCAUGACAACUGUAGGCUAUGGAGACAUGGUUCCAACUACCAUUGGGGGAAAGAUUGUGGGUUCCUUGUGUGCAAUUGCAGGUGUAUUAACCAUUGCCUUACCGGUCCCCGUCAUUGUGUCCAAUUUCAACUAUUUCUACCAUCGGGAGACAGAGGGAGAGGAGCAGGCCCAGUACUUGCAGGUGACGAGCUGUCCAAAGAUCCCCUCCUCCCCUGACCUAAAGAAAAGUAGAAGUGCCUCUACCAUUAGUAAGUCUGAUUACAUGGAGAUCCAGGAAGGGGUGAACAACAGUAGCGAGGACUUUAGAGAGGAGAACUUGAAAACAGCCAACUGUACCUUGGCUAAUACAAACUAUGUGAACAUUACCAAAAUGUUAACGGAUGUCUGAUUGAGACCUGCUCACAUACUCACAGCCCAGUGGAACUAAUGCAGAUAUUGCAUAAUAGCCUGCAUUCUAGUCAGCGUGUUCUACAGUGUGUAUCUGGUUUUGCAUGGAAAGCAGUAGUCGUGCAAGUGACUUUUGAUCUUUUGAUUUUUGAUUUAGAACACAGAAUAUCCAACCAUGGCUUUCAUGCAGAUCUUCAUCACCGGCUUAGGGGUUUUCAAAGAGGGGAGUCACCAGUGGAGCCAGGAGUUUAGAAAGAUAGAUUGGGGCCACCUCACAUCCAGUGCAGAAACCUGCCACAUCAGUGCCACGUUCCCUUCCUAGUUCAAUGCGUACAGCACCCGGAUGUGCCUCACGGCCCGCCCCCUACCCCCACCCCAUUUCAACCUACCACCCUGCUUCACAGAGGAAAACCAUGGUGGCUUCACGCUCAAGCUCUGGUAAUAAUUACAAAAGGUC